ACGAUUUCCAUCGCACGCGCACUACCUUCCUACAAUACAUCGUGUAGUGUCCUGAAGAUUCUUGCCCCGUAGAUCUAUGUUACGCAGAAAAGGUCGACUGGGCAUUCGAGCCAAUGGACUGGCGUUGGUUUCCGUCCUAGAGAAUGGCCGUCUUCAAAUCUGGUGUGUUCGUUCCUCGAGCUAAGCACGAACCUAGCUGCGUCGAGUGUCUUCUCUAAUCGACGACUGCCUAUCCGAAGUAGUGGCUGCUGUACGCCUACCGUGGUGCUAUUGAAAACUUGAAGAGAGGCACGAACGGGAACGUGCGGGGAACAGCUCCGGAAAUUAAUACAUUCUUCAUUCAGCAGGAAAACUCCGUCACCUUCUUGCCCUUGCAUCUGUUCUGCCCUGUGGAGUCUCAGUGGGAGACGAACGAGGAAAAAUUGCGCAGCUGGCAGGGCUACCGGUGUUCAGCGGCCAUGGCUCCUUGGUUCUCCUACCGUCACCGCCAGAUGGGUACCGGCGCAGUGACGGAAAGUGCGGACGGAUUUUGGGGCAAAGUGACGGCGUCGCUGGACUGGUGUGAGGGAAACUACGAGAUUUCCUACUACAUUGCUGAGUUUUGGAACACAGUGUCGAACGUGAGCUUCCUGCUGCCCUCGCUGUUCGCAGCCUGGUACGUAUGGCGAGUGGGCUACGCGCCCAGAUUCGUCCUGGCACACCUGAGCGUGGCACUGAUCGGCCUUGGCUCGACGCUGUUCCACAUGACGCUCAAAUACACAAUGCAGCUAGCGGACGAGCUGCCCAUGCUCUAUGGCACUGCAGCCCUCCUCUACUGUGUUAUCGAGCUGCCCAAAGCACGUUCAGAGGCGCCCAACACAGUAUUUGCCAUCGCGUUGUUCUCCCUUACCACGGUGGUGUCCAUUGCGUACGUCGUGCGCCGCGACCCGAUCAUCUUCUUCUCCUGCUACACGAUAUACACCACGGCGCUCGUGAUUCUUGGCACCGUGGCCAUGUAUCGCUACGGCAACGCCGAGUCUCGUUUCCUCGGCUACUCGGCCCUCGGGUCGUACGCUCUCGGCUUCACUCUGUGGGCGUACGAGAACAGCCACUGCCCGACGGUGGAGGAAUGGCGUCUAGGGCUGGGCCCGGUGCUGGGGGUUUUCACGCAGCUGCACGCUUUCUGGCACCUGCUGGCUGCCAUGGGUGGCUAUCUGCUGGUCAUCACCAGCCUGCACGUUAACAUUCUGGUUGGAGCAGGUCGGCCACGCAUUGUCUAUCACAGUCGCAUGCUGCCCGUAGUCACCAAUGAUGGAGGCCAGAUGUCACCAGGAUCUUUGUCUCCGUCGCCGACCAGUAAUGCCUAUGACUGUGGCCAGAAGGGACAGAUGACGAUAAAUGUGUGAUGUAAGAUGUAGAGUGGUCAGUCCUUGCCAGCUCUACCGACUGCAGGACUCGGUGCGCGUGCGUGUGUGUGCGUGCACGAUGUGUGUGUGUGUGUGUGUGCGUUUUCGUGUGUGUUUGUGUGUUCAUGUUUGUGUGUUUGUGCUUAUUCGCUCAUUGUUCUAUGCUUAGUCUCGUUUCCAUGGCUAGAUAGCUAAUGCUUCCAAGCUGCUCUUUCCAACUUGUCCGUUAAAGAAGUAAAUUUGAGUCCGUUCUAUCAGGGUAACACACAAUACUUUGUACGCCAUGCAUAAGCUGAUGAUUUCCAUUCUGGACCUGCUGAGUGACAUGCAUUUUCAAGCGCCGUUUCUAUAUCGACCCCCAGGGGUUUUUUUCUCGCUGUUGGCAGUGAUUAGAAUCCAUUAGAUCCUUGGCCGAACCGUGGUAUGAUGACAGCUUCGCUGAAGCUUUCUUGAUCCAUUGCAUUCCAAGGCAUUCUCAGGUGGAAUGAACCACCAUUGAACCACCGUUUGCUUUUCUUUUUUCCUAUAUUUUACUCUUAAUUAACACAGCCCUACUGGAAAACAGUUGGAGAACAAAUAGAAACGACUUCACAUGUGCUUUGCACAUCACAGUUGUACUUUCCCACACACCUCCACUAUAUAUGCUCCUGGGUAGAUCUAGUCUUAUCAGAAUCUACUUUGUUUUCUGAUGGUUGUCCCACUCGGCAUGGAACUCAGAGUUACAACAAACACAGA